AAAGGGUAGAGGACAAAAUGUCAACAUGAAAAUCGAUUCAAUUACGGGUUCGGGCAAACCUCGCCCCACCAAGUGUACAUUUCUAAACCCCCAAAAUCAAUUCCCCUAUCCUCGCCGGUGAUAAUUAAACCCAAUAGCCAUGCUCCUUGGCACUGGCAGAGCCCAACAGCACUUCCCUUCAACACUCACCGUUCUCCACAAUAAACCCUUCCUAAACCCUACCCCUAACUUUAACUCUAACAAGACAACCCUCACUCCCCCUAUGCGCACUUCCCUCUUGUCUUUCUCGUCUAUUUCUCUCCUCCGUUCUCUCACUCUCUCCCUCUCUCGCCAUCAUCACUGCUACCAACACCGCCCGUUUCUUCGCACUCUACACAUUUCUCCGAAUAAACAUAAAAAAACUUCCUCAUUUUGUACUCUAAGCUCUUUCAAUACUUCUGCCGAACAGUUGGCAUGCGAGUCACUAUCUCCUUCAAAAAAUGAAGAGAAAUGGGAUAUUUCUAGCUACAAUGAUAAUGAACACGAAAUCUUUAAGUUCGAUGGUGAUUCCGGGGCGGGUGUUGAUUUAAAGCACUUGGAUACGCCGGCGUUGGAAGUGAAGGAGUUGCAAGAAUUGCCGGAGCAAUGGAGGCGAGCGAGAUUGGCUUGGUUGUGUAAACAGUUGCCGGCGCAUAAAGCCGGGACUUUGGUGAAAAUACUUAAUGCCCAGAAGAAGUGGAUGAGACAAGAAGAUGCUACUUAUAUUGCUGUUCAUUGCAUGCGCAUUCGCGAAAAUGAGGCUGGGUUUAGGGUAUAUAAAUGGAUGAUGCAGCAACACUGGUAUCGAUUUGAUUUUGGGUUGGCUACAAAGCUAGCAGACUACAUGGGGAAGGAGCGGAAGUUUGCUAAGUGUAGGGAGAUUUUUGAUGAUAUCAUUAAUCAGGGACGUGUGCCUAGCGAGUCCACUUUUCACAUUUUGAUCAUUGCAUAUCUUAGCGCGCCAGUUCAAGGUUGCCUGGAGGAAGCAUGUACCAUAUACAAUCGUAUGAUUCAGUUAGGAGGUUACCAGCCACGGCUGAGUUUGCACAAUUCUCUCUUUAGAGCCCUUGUGAGCAAACCAGGAGGAUUUGCAAAACAUUAUCUUAAGCAAGCUGAAUUUAUUUAUCAUAAUUUGGUGACAUCUGGACUUGAGAUACAGAACGACAUUUAUGGGGGACUAAUUUGGCUACACAGCUAUCAGGACAACAUUGAUAAAGUAAGGAUUGCAUCAAUAAGGGAAGAGAUGAAGCAAGCAGGAAUAAUGGAAGGCAGGGAAAUUCUUUUGUCCAUUAUGAGAGCUUGUUCGAAGGAGGGUGAUGUGGAGGAAGCAGAAAGAACGUGGCUCAAACUCCUCCAAGUUGAUGGUGGUCUCCCCACACAAGCUUUUGUCUAUAGAAUGGAAGUCUUUGCAAAGCUUGGAGAGCAUAUGAAAUCUUUGGAGACAUUCAGGGAAAUGCAGGAACUUUUGGGUUCCUCUAGCAUUGCAGCAUAUCAUAAAAUCAUAGAGGUGGUAAGUCAAGCUCAAGAAGUGGAAUUGGCAGAAUCACUAAUGCAGGAAUUCAUUAAGAGUGGUCUGAAGCCCCUCAUGCCAUCUUUUACCGAUCUAAUGAAUAUGUACCUUAAUUUAAAUUUACAUGAAAAAUUGGAGUCCACCUUCUUUGCAUGCCUGGAGAACUGUCGACCAAACCGGAAUAUUUAUAAUGUAUACUUGGAUUCUUUAGUCAAAGUUGGUAAUCUUGACAAGGCAGAAGAGGCCUUCAACAAUAUGUGUAGUAAUGAAGCGGUUGGUGUCAACAUAAGAUCAUGCAAUACCAUUCUAAGAGGAUACCUCUCUUCUGGAGACUAUGUGAAGGCAGAGAAGAUAUAUGAUCUGAUGUGCCAGAAGAAAUAUGAUAUCGAACCCUCACUAAUGGAAAAACUUGAUUAUGUGCUGAGUUUGAGCAGGAAAGUGGUUAAGAAGCCUCUAAGCCUCAAGCUAAGCAAAGAUCAAAGAGAAAUUUUAGUGGGAUUGCUGUUAGGUAGUUUGCGAGUUGAAUCAGAUGACAAUAGGAAGAAACACAUGAUUCGGUUUGAGUUCAAUGAAAAUUCUAGCACGCAUGCCAUUUUGAGGAGACAUCUAUAUGACAAGUACCAUGAGUGGUUACAUCCUUCCUGUAAGCUUAGUGAUGGCAGCGAUGGUGCUUCUUACAGAUUUUCUACCAUCUCGCACUCUUAUUUUAGUUUCUAUGCCGAGCAGUUUUGGCCAAAAGGUCAGCCCAUGAUACCAAAGCUAAUUCAUCGGUGGUUGUCGCCACAAGUUCUUGCCUUCUGGUACAUGUAUGCAGGCCACAGAACCUCUUCAGGGGAUAUUUUGUUGAAGCUGAAAGGAAGUAGGGAGGGUGUAGAAAAGGUUUUCAAAACAUUGAAAUCAAAAUCUCUCAACUGCAAGGUGAAAAGAAAAGGAAGAGUUUUCUGGAUAGGCUUUCUGGGAAAUGAUUCUGUAUGGUUUUGGAAACUGGUGGAACCCUACAUUUUGGAUGACUUGAAACUUUUUCUAAAAGCAGGUGAUCAGACUUUGGAGUAUAGUGCAGAAAAUAUAAAUUUUGAUAGCGGUUCUGAUUCUGAAUACAGUGAUGAUCAUAAUUCAUAGGUAGGGUUUCUUUUGUGAGUGUGUUCUUGCGCAUAGGGUCGUUCAGCACAUCCAUUGACAAAGAUUCAUGAGUCAGGUCCUUCUGUGCUUAUCAAGUAGUUUAGAGUUGUACAUUUUAAUGUUAGUACGAAGUGUAGUUAUGUGAUUAAACAAGUUGACAAAAACAAUGUCAAAGAAAUGCAUCCCAAAAUAGAUCUUCUUUUUCUAGUCCUCUUAAUAUAUUCGGGCAUCCUCCAAAAGAAAAACACAAUAAAUUCCUCCAACGAACUGGAAGUCCUCUUUAAGA